AAACAUGCAAUUUUGUGCAGAAGUUGUACCAGACGAUGAUGGGGGAUAACCGACACUUGUAUUGUGAAUAUGCAAUCUGUUGAACCGGGAUUAUAUGUACACAAUGAUUCACUGGUGCAACAAGGUGGGCAUAGUGAAACUGAAUUUGAAGCAGUAAAUCUAGCAGAAUCUACCCAACAAACCCAGCAACAACUAGAAACAAAAGAUACGUGCACGAGUGUCGAUAUUGAAAAAGAGAAAGAUAUGGUGGACCAUUCAGUCACAGUCACAGCAGAAGAAUUGCAAUCGGUUGAAUCACUUUUGAAAUUGGCACCCCCUGCAUAUGAAGAACAACCCGAUGUGGUAGAUAAAACUAUUAAAGUACACAAAGGAAGAAAUCCAGCUACAACACUUAAAGUACACAAGGGAAGAAACCCAACAAUUAAAAGGAAACCAGAGCCAAAACCAUCUGAUGAACAAGCAAAACAAAACCCACGAACAAAUGAUAAGGGAGACCAAACAAAGGUUGAGGCAAAAGGGUUAAAUGAGAUAUUGUUUGAAACAAUAAAAAGUGCAAAAAUUCAAAAUGAGAAAAGGUAUGCCGAUCCUGGUGGUGCAUUUUGUUCCCCUUACUGCGACAAAGUGGUUACUUUAAGUGAACCAAUUCUGGAUUGUUCUUAUACCACGUUUGAUUGCAGCUCAUUGUUUUACAAAUCAAAAACUGCGGUGGGAGCAUACAAAAUAGUCUUCGAAAGCUUCUAUACAAAUCAAUAUGUAGCAUCAAAUGGGAUCGAUGCAUUUGUGGAUGUACUGAACCCUGAAGAGAGGAAGAGGGACUUCAUCACUAUAUAG